CUCAGCUCAGCAGCCGCCAGCAGCAGAUGUCUCUCUCCGCGUCUCCUGUCACUGUCUCACAUCUACAGCCCCACUGCUCAUUUUCUGCGUCGUCAAACUUUUCAUUCGACACAACUCGGGUGUAUUCUUUAAAUUCAGGGAGCCGCAUGCGCAUUAUUUUCAUGGCUCGACUUUGAAGAGACAGAAACUCUGUCGGAUCCGAGAGGCCAGAUUUAUGCUGGUCACAGAGACUGGGACCCCGAUACAUGCUCCUUGAGAUCUUUUCCCACACAGGUUUGAGCACAGCUGUCCAAAGACUGCGAUGUCAUCAAAAAUGCAGAGCUCCAGUAGCAUAGCGCAGGCCAGGCGGGUGGUGCAGCAGCUGAGGAUAGAGGCCGGCAUCGAGAGGAUAAAGGUGUCCAAAGCCUCAUCAGACCUGAUGCGCUACUGUGGAGAACAUGCCAAGAAUGACCCGCUGCUCAUGGGCAUCCCCGCUUCAGAAAACCCUUUCAAGGACAAGAAGCCUUGCACUCUUUUGUAGGUGAACAUCUGAACUUUUGCUGCUUUCUUUUUUUAUUAUGUGGGAAACAAAAGCUGUUCACAACUUAUCUUAGGGCCAGUGUACCCCCCUUUACUUUUUCACAUGCCUGCUGCAGUUUAAGGAAUGUAUUCUAGAUACCAGUUACACCAAAGAACAGGCAGAAGCUUGAGGCUGUGGCCUGGAGUUGAGCUGUACCAUAGAUGGGAGAGAUCCUAACUCUCCAAUUAUAACAGCACACAUAAACAAGCCCCCUUAAUCAUUAGUCCAAUCAGAUUUAGGCUUUCAGCUUUCACCUCUUGCUUUCAUCAGGCUUGCUUCAGGAAACAGUUGUUGGAGGUUGUGUUUUACUGAUAAUGAGAGCCAGAGAUAAUGAUAUCCUGUCCCCAGACAAGUAAACUGUCCGUCACAUGAAGACAAAUAGACAGAGUGGAGGUCCACUUCCACUGAUGCACAACUCCUCAGACACAAUCAUAAAUAAUAGUCUUGGCCAUUAAAUUGUUCUCAAACAACUCAAAUCCUAAUCAAAUUGUUCUAUCUCAUUCAACCUUUCCAGAGACAAACAGUUCCCUGAAAAUGUUCAUGGGAUUUUUUUUUCAAGGUACUAAGAACUGCUUUUACCAGUGUUAGGAUGAAGUAUAGCUUAUUUACAGUCUAGAUCCACAAUUUUUUUGGAUAAUUCAACACUGAGGUUUUAUUUUCUGUCAUUACUUGUUACUUAAGCUAGUUGCAAUCCUGUUAUGCGGCAGACUUUCAAUACAUACUUCAAUUAAAUCCAAUGCAAAUCUAUUGAAGGAAUACUUCACCCACAUAAUUAUCAUUUAUAAAUGAAUUAAUUUGUGUAAAAAAUGUUGCUUUUCUCACAUGCCUUUACAGUGAACGAAGAAUCCAAAAACAGAAAAUUCUGUAUGAAUCUAAGUUAGCGGGAUCUGUGUUAAACAACAGCAAAACUAUAUCAAAACAUCAGUUUACAAACCCUCAUAAAACUCUUGCAGUAUGAUCCAAGUCUCAUUUAUCCAGUCGUAUGCUCAGUACUUGCCAAACACACCUGGGCACAAGCGUGCAUUUAAACUCCAUUGAGCAGAGUUCAAAUGCAUGUUGUUGCUUGUAGCGAUGCAGUGGUUAGCACUAUCGCCUCAAAGCAAGAGGGUUCUCGUUUGAACCUGCCGGCCGGCAGAGAUCCAUCUGUGUGGAGUGUGCAUCUUCUGCCCAUGUCAGCAUGAGUGUUCUCCAGGUUCUCUGGCUUUCUCCCACACUCCAGAGACCUGAUAGUCGGGUUAAUUGGGGACUCUAAAUUGCCCACAGGUGUGAUUGUGAGUCUAAAUGUCUGUCUCCAUGUGCCAGUGUGAUAGUCUAGCGACCUGUCCAGGGUGUCAGCUAAAAUAAACUCCAGUCACCCCAUGACCCUGAAAAGGCUAAGUAGCUACUGACAAUGAAUGAAUGAAUGAAUGUGUUUGUGAUGUACUGAUUCUCCGUGCACAAGUUUUUUUUUGAGUGUUUGUAAACCGAUAUUUUGAUUUAGUUUUGCUGUUGUUAAUUGCGGCCUACUUUUACUCCAGUUCAUCAAGAAUGUUCUCUGCUUUUGGAUUCUUCGUUCAAGUUCAAGUUUUCUUGACGAGUUCAACGUAACAUGGAAUAACUGAUCAAGAAAUGAUCAUUUUGUGGAUGAUGUCUUGCCUUAAAUUGUGCAGUUUUAAUACCAGAGGGUAGAAUUCUCUUGACAAAACUGUCUAAGUGUCUUUUUUAGUCAUUUUCUUUGCAUUUGCCUUAAAAAAUGAAUGUAAAACUCAGUCCAACUAUCUCUAAAAAUGACAUGUUCAGAUGAGAUCAUUGUACAUUGUGCAUGACCCUUUUGCAUGAGGUAUUCCUUGAUUUAUAGAAAGAAAUAUUCAUUAUGAGGCCAUCAUUGCUGAAAGAAAAGGAUUCAAGACCAUUCUGUGCCAUCUUAUCACAUCUACCUACUUUAAUGUCACUAUGUUCUUUCUGCAGAGCCAAGGCUGUACUAUUCAGGCACUUUGAAACCGGUUAACACCAGAUGACUGUUAUACUGUUGAGUGUAAAAACAUUCCAUGUUUACAGCUGCUCUAAAACUUUCUCUGAUUUUAUGACGACUGGCAGUGUGUAGCUGUGUCUUUGUGUUGUGUGUGUUGGUGCUCAUGCAAAACAUAAGCAACUAAUUUUGCAAUUUUACCAGCCAGGGCCUUAAUAAUGAAGUGAUCCGGCUUCAACCUCUCGACUACCUUUUUAGUCACAUAAGUGCUGUUGUCUAAUACUGUGAAUAAGGAAGGCCCCUAAGGGAUCUUACAAUAGGCUAUUAACUCAAAAUGACUCAUGUUCAAUAAUGGUUUGCAUCAAGAUAGAUCUCAUACGUCCAUAAAUAUUGUAGCGCAUUAUGGUUAUCCAUGAACCACAGUGUAUGCUUGCUUUUUAGGAUUGUGCUGAUUCAGUUGAACCUCAACUCUGCGUUUCUGUUUUGUGACAUUAAUUCAACUUUUUGAAUUAAAACUGAGCGUGUUGUUGUUUCAGUCAGUUUUUACUUGUGAAUAUGAAUUUGUGUUUUUAGUAGCGAGACAAUUACAAUGGUUUCUCACACCCUGUGAGUGUAGGUCAGAACUUAUUGUAUGUCAUGUUCUGCCUUUACCUGUUUGUGGUAAAUGCAAAUAAACCUAUGAAAAACAC